ACGAUGGCUGCUCUCUCGCACUUCCCUUCGCCUUCUCCUCCUCCCUCUCUAUCUAACCAUCUCCUCUCUCGAUCGAAGCCCCGAAUACGAAACCCUAACCCUAAUUUUAUGACGAUCGGCUCUAACCUCCGGGGAUUCUCGUCCGCCGGCUAUUCAUACGGGAGGUCGGCCGCCACGCCUUCGCUCUCCCUCGGUGACAUCACGAGGCGCGAUUUCUCAACCCUCCAUCAGGCUGAUAAUGGAUUCAAUCGGGUGUACUUUGAUAACGCGACGGCGUCUAAGAAGCCUGAUUCGGUUCUCAAGGCUUUGAAUGAGUACUACGAGCUGUAUAACUCGAAUGUUCAUCGCGGCGUCCACUACUUGAGUGCAAAGGCUACUGAUGCAUAUGAGCUAGCAAGAUCAAAAGUUGCAAAAUUCAUCAAUGCUAAAGAAUACAGAGAGAUCGUGUUUACUCGAAAUGCUACUGAAGCUAUCAAUUUGGUUGCUUAUUCAUGGGGUCUCUCAAACUUGAAAUCUGGGGAUGAGAUACUGCUUACAAUUGCAGAACACCACAGUGCUAUAGCCCCAUGGAGGCUAGUUGCUCAAAGAACCGGCGCAACUUUAAAAUAUGUUGGUCUGAAUGAAGAAGAAUUUCCUGAUAUUGAGCAGUUAAAGAAACUUCUAUCGUCACACACAAAGCUAGUUGUUACCCAUCAUGUCUCAAAUACACUAGGUUCUGUUCUGCCUCUUAAUGAAAUUGUGGCUUGGUCUCAUGAUGUUGGUGCAAAAGUUCUUGUUGAUGCUUGUCAGAGUAUUCCACACAUGGUCAUUGAUGUGCAGAAACUCGAUGCUGAUUUUCUUGUUGCCUCUUCUCACAAGAUGUGUGGACCUACCGGCAUUGGUAUCUUGUAUGGAAAAUGCAAAAUUCUUGAAGAGAUGCCUCCUUAUUUAGGUGGUGGUGAAAUGAUUGCUGAUGUGUUUCAAGAUUAUUCUACUUUCGCUGAUCCUCCUUCCAGAUUUGAGGCAGGAACUCCUGCAAUUGCAGAAGCUAUAGGGUUGGGCGCAGCAAUUGAUUAUCUGUCGACCAUUGGUAUGCAGAAGAUCCAUGAUUAUGAGAAAGCAAUGGCAGCCUAUCUCUACCAUAGCCUCCUUGAUAUUCCGAAUGUGCACAUAUAUGGCCCCACUCCCUCACAAGCUGUUCAUCGCACUGCACUGUGCUCAUUUAAUGUUGAGAAUAUACCUUCUAAAGCUAUUGCAGCUUACCUUAAUGAACAGCAUCACGUGGCAGUUGGCUCUGGUCAUCACUGUGCUCAGCCCCUACAUCGUUACUUAGGUAUUGAUGUGAGUGUUCGAGCAAGCCUUCGCUUCUACAACACCAAAGAAGAGGUGGAUUGCUUUAUUCAAGCACUUAAAGAUACAAUCAGAUUUUGUACUUCCUAAAAAUGUUUCCACUGAAAGUGAUAUUGUCUCUGUGUGUGCGCGAGCGUGUGUGUGCGCGCUUGUGUGUCCAUUGUGUGUCAUGUGCAUGCAUGUGUGCUGAGGGAGGGAAAAAGGAUGGAAGCAAAGACCGGGGCAAACAGGGGGAAGCAGGAAAGGAUAGAAUCUUCAGUUCCAUUCAUAUCACUUCUUACUUUUUUUGGGUGAACUUCUACAUUAUGUUUUUCCGAGUGAUCUGUGUUCCAUUUGUCACUAAGUGUGUUAACAUGUACUGCUUAGUGAAAAUAUUAGCUUCUACUGCUUUAAUUCUACGUCACUUGCUUUUACUAUUUUGAUAUCAAAAGAUCACUAUAUGUCAGUGCCCUUUAAUUCAACUCAUUUCUUUUAUAUUCAACUUUUCUGCUUCUUAGAUUGUUG